CACGGAUAGGCGGCACUGAUAGGCAGCACUAAUGAGGUGUCACGGAUAGGCGGCACUGAUAGACAGCACUGAUAGGUGGCACCGACUGGCAUCACUGCUGGGCUGGCACAACCACUGGGCACUGACUGGCAGCACUGCUGGGCUGCACUGGUGGGUGGCACUGGUGGGCCCAGGUAGGUGGCACUGGUGGGCACAUGUGGGUGGGCACAGGUAGGUGGCACUUCGGAGCACAGGUGUGUGGCACUGCUGGGUGGCACAGGUGGGUGCACUGCUGGGCACAGGUGGGUGCAUGCUGGGCACAGGUGGGCGGAACUGGUGGGUGGCACUGCUGGGCACCGAUCAUCAGGGCACUGAUCAUC